UAGUUCUAAAACAUUUUAUUUCAGAUGAUUAUAAAUUAUUAAAACAACAACAAUAGAUUAAGCAGCUUCAAAUCUUGUAUCUUGCGAAAUUAACAAAAUAAAUUCAGUUUCUACCCUUAAAACAUGCAAAGUUCCAUGAAAAGUAACUUUGAUAAAAAAACACACCAAUCUUUUAUAGAACUUAGAUCAGUGAACACCUAGAUCAAUGAACACCUAACGUAACAAAAUAAAAAUCAAUUAGUAAUAACCAUACAUAUCAGGUGAACCAUGAAAUCGUCUAUAAAAAUUACUUUUAAUCCAAAGACAUAUUCGAAAUAGCAGUCAAUUAAUAAAAUUACAACUACUAUUUUUAUUUAACACUCUAAAACAUUACUCUAAUUUUACAAGGAUAACAACUAAAUAUUUUUCAAAUUCAAUUAUUCAUUAACUACAUUUGAAUCUAAUUUAAAUUCGAACAGAUAAAUAUAUAUAAACUAAUAAUCUAUUUUUUUAUCUUAUAUUUCAAAAUUUUCUUAUUCACCAUGAUUACUAACGCAUACAACAAUUUUUCACCAAAACAUAAUAAAUCAAUAUCAUACAAACAAUUAAAUUCAAUUCAUAUAUCAAUUUCACUAACAUUAUUUAAAAAUAGCAUCUACAAAUUAAAAAAAUCAUCUUGUAUCAAUGUCAAAUCCUAUGAUAUGCACCCAAAACAAACCUGCAACAAUCUGAUUAUCAAAACCGUGAAUUACAACUAACCUGUUAUCGCAGCGACAGCCACAGCGACGGAGGAGGGACACCCUGCGCGACGCGUCUCAGAGGCUAGGCUGGGAGCGGCGCUGGCUAGGGCUGUGCAGGGCAAACAGCAGAGGCGCUUGCUAGUGCUUCGACGAAGCAGGGAGACUUCCACCGCGGCGUGUGUGGAUGCAGAGCAACAGGAGUCUCCGUCGGGUGCUACCUCGGAGGAGUGGAUGCGUCUUCAACGGAGGGCCGACGGUGCAUGCAACAGUUGUGGCGGCGCUGAGGUGAUUUUGGGAAGCCACUCGUUCGGUCGAUGACGGACGCGCCGGCAGCGCUGACCAGGAUUGACGCCAGCAACCGAAGAACACUCCCAAGACUGACGGUUGGACGGCGCUGAAGGGGGAAUUGGUGAAUGUGGCUGCACGGUUAAAAUUUGUAUAAAUUAGCUUUCUUAUUUUUAAUAAAAAAUAAUAAUUAAUUAUUGUUAUCAAAACUUGACUGACUAGCUCUUGGUUUCCAAUAUUUUUCCUUUAAAUAUAUACUCAAAAUUUUAGUAAGAAACCUAAAUUCAAAUCCUUGUCACUUUUACCGAUUCCAGAUUGUCACUGUUUUAAAUUAUUACCACUAUUAUUAUUUAUCUUUGUAUGUGUGAUGUGCAUACUUUGCACAAGCUUGGUUCCACUAACAAUGGAACACAAUUUCAUGGUUUCAUUGUUGUUCUUGUUGCUGAUUACUUUACCUUUGAGUGCAGAAUCAAAGUGUAGCAAGAGCUGUGACUUAGCUUUAGCUUCUUACUAUCUUUGGAACAAUGAUUCCAGCCUGCUAUAUAUUUCAUACAUCAUGCAAUCCAAUCUUCUUCACAAAGUUGAAGAUAUUGUUUUAGAUACAACAAAGACACCUCACAUCCAUCACAUACCAUAGUUAAAGUUCCAAUACCUUGUGAUUGCAUGAAUGAUGGAGAGUUUCUGUGCCACACAUUCCAGUACUCAGUUACUCGCGACGACUACUCAGCCAUUGCCAAUGGGACUUUUUCCAACUUAGUCACAGCAGAGUGGCUGCAGAACACUAACAGCUAUUCACAAGAUGCUAUUCCAGCCGGUGGAAAGUCAAUUGCAAACCAGACAAAGCUUGAUCCUGAGUUGUUGAUGAAAUACAACCCCGGUGUAAAUUUCAGCAAAGGGAGUGGUCUGGUUUAUAUUCCCGGCAGAGAUGAAAACGGCAACUAUGCGCCUCUUCGCCCAAGCUCUGGAGGUCUACCAGGUAAGGUUGUUGCUGGAAUAUCUGUUGGAGUUGUAGCAGUGCUUCUGUUAUUAGCAUUUUGUGUUUGUAUUAAAUGUUGCGGAAGGAAGAAGAAAAAUCUGAGAACAGAAUAUUUCGGUCGGAACAUUGCUCGAGCUAGGGAAGAUAAAGCCUCUGAUAGCUUUGUAAACACAAGUAUAGAAAAAUCAGCAGAGUUUUCAUAUGAAGAACUGGCCCAUGCCACAAGUAACUUCAAUUUGGCUAACAAAAUUGGUCAAGGUGGUUUUGGAGAAAUCUAUUAUGCAGAGCUGAAUGGCAAGGUUUGUAAUCUCUAUGUUGUUAGAUUUGAUUACAAGAUUUUUCAGAAAGGUUACAUAUUUUUUUUAUAGUUGUAUAUACUAUAAAUAUGUUAGAAUUAGGAUAGAUUGGCAGUUGUUUUACUUUCCAUCUUUUCUAAUUCCACUGAAGUUCUCUCUAAAACACAGAAAGCUGCAAAAAAGAUGGACAUGAAAGCAUCAAAAGAAUUUCUCGCAGAACUGUGAUCAAUGGUGGUGCUGAAAUCAAGGGACUUGUAGCUUUGGUGAAUUUUGAUACCCUACUAUGCAUUACUUCUUUUUUGUGUGAAAGCUGAUAACAUCAGAGGGCCUAGUGGCUUUACACAAGUAAUUCAGAUUAUAUUUAUGUUCCUUCUUUUCUAAUUUUUCUGGUGAUUUUUGUGGCAGUUUCAUCAAGUUUUUUAUCAACCAGAUCCUAAAGGUCUUAAAGAACUGGUGGAUCCUAGGCUUGGAGAUAAUUUAGGGAUGGCAAAAUUCCCCGAGACGCGGGGAUCCCUGCGGGGACUGCCCCGAAUAGGGAUCCGAUUGUGGGGAAUUUU